AUGAGCGUCUUUGACAGUUAUUAUUUUCGAAUCAAUAAGUUCCUCCUGACCUGCACUGGACUAUGGCCUUUUCUUAGUUAUGAAAGAAAAUUAUUCACGCGAAUUCUUGUCAACACUGUUUUGAUUCUUUAUCUCAUUCCCACAAGUGGCGGUUUGUAUGAAAUAUGGGGCGAACUAGAUUUAAUGGUUGAAUGUUUUAUUCCAUUUUUUACGAGUUUAGGAUGUUUGCUAUUGUCGAUAACGUACAUUUAUAAGGAAAAGCAACUGAGAAAGCUUUUAAGCCACAUUAAAAGCGAUUGGCAAAUUUCUAAAUCUAAAGGAGAUGUUGUUGUACUUGAGAAUCAUGCCGAGGAUGGAAGGAUCCUAACUAUACUUUAUACUGGUUCUAUGGUAAUUGCCUCUUGCUUCUAUAUUUUAACAACCGUUACUCCACAAAUUUUGGACGUCUUUAUACCAUUAAAUGAAACACGACCAAAAAGACUGACAUCGCACGUUAAAUAUUUUUUCAGUUGGGAAAAAUAUUUUUACUAUGUUGUACUGCAUAUAAUAAUAUCGAGUGCAGUUCAAGUUGCCGUUGUUACAGGAUGUAGAUCAACUUUUUCCAUUCUAAUAGAACACGCUUGUGGUUUAUUUUCAAAUGUUGGACAUAGACUGCAGCGUAUAAUGCAAAACAUAAAUGUAAAUAAUUUUAAAUCAAAUGCAGAAUUGGAGGAAAAAAUUUAUAGAGACGUAACUUUUUGUAUCGAAUGUCAUCAACAGGCAAUUGAAUUUACUAAAAUUGUUGAAUCUUGUUUCUCCACUUGCUUUUUUAUUAUAAUGGGAGUUACAGUCAUCCUCAUAAGUGCCACAUUAAUUCAGACAGUGGUGCAUAUUGAUAAUUUUAAUGACGCUACAAAGUUUGGAUCCUAUGCUCUUGGUUUAAUUAUUGACUUGUAUUUCAAUAAUUUACCUGCUCAACGUUUAUUAGACUGUAGCAGUUACUACCUAUCGGAUAGAGUAUUUGGUGGAAUGUGGUACAAAUUACCUUUAAAAUCGAAAAAGUUACUUAUUAUGAUAAUAAUGAGAACACAUUUUCCAUCAACGUUGACAGUUGGAAAAAUGUUUGUACUGAAUAUGAAUAAUUUUUCUAAAGUUCUGCACGCUUCGGUUUCCUACUUUACAUUACUGUCUUCGCUGAGAACUUGAAUUUAUUUUAUACAUUCUAAUAAUAUAUGCGGGAAAAAUUUACCAAAAAACAUUUUUAUUUAUAUCCAUAUUCCUCGCAUUGUCAUUUUUAGUCCCAAACGAAAGGUCCAACCUUGACUACAUUUUUUUUUAAAUAUUUAUAUAAUAACUUUUUUCCUCUUUUGUAGAUCUUUCCAACUGUAAAACUCAAUUGCUUGAAUUUAUUUUUAAGUUAUAAACAAUAGAUUGUGAUUUAAUUUUUAAUGUUUAAAUUUUAAAAUUUUAAUUUUUUUUUAAAUUUUUUAUUUUUGCAACAUAUGGAGUGCGGUAUGCAAGGUAUCUGUAAGCAGAGUUCCCAAAAGUUCCUAAAAAAGAAAUUUACAUAAUUGUAAAUCCUUUUGUUCUGGAAAUGAUAAAUC